GAGAGAGAGAGAGAGAGAGAGAGAGAGAGAGAGAGAGAGAGAGAAUGACAAAGUGACACCCUGACCAGUGACACACGCACGGAUAAACACACAUCGUCGCCACACAGGAGGGAUGAGUCGCCCAUUGUGCCGCGCGCCAGCCCACAGUAACCAAACAAUUACGUGAAUCUAUGGGUCGGGGUGGAAAAAAAAAAACAAAAUAGAGAGGCGCUAAUGUUAGUGAUAUCGCGGCUCUAAGUCUUCCUGUUGUGUUGGAAAAAUUCAUAUUUACUCGAUCUGGCUGCAUGUGGGACGCUCGGGGCAAGACAGUGGUUAGUUCGUGCAGUAAAGGCGGUGAUUUGUUGGUUCAGGCCAGUGGUGAGAGCUUUAUCACUAACGAGUCAGUUCUCAGCCAGCAGGAGGUAUGAAAGCCACGCCCCUCAGGGAACGCUCGCCACGGGGGAACUGCCAGAGGGGCGGAGCUACAGCCCUACAACCCUUCCCAUUGGUCCGUGGUGCAGUGUUCAGGCCCUUGAUUGGUGGAGAGAUGAAAAUAGGCGUGGUUUUGGCUCCCUGUACCUGGUGAUUGGUUACCUGCGAGGGGGAGCGGCCCCCGGGUGUGGCGAGGAAGGUACGGAACGAAAGGAGGACUCUAGUAUCCUACGUAGCAUUAACGUGCCCUGACUGACGCUCCCUCGGUGACCUCCAGGUGACCGCCACAGCACGGAUGGACUAUUAAUUAGCACAGCAGGGGCCACGUCUGUCUCGCUGCACCGCCAUAGCCAGGUGAAGAAGCAGAAAGAAGCAGACAGCGCGGGACUGCCUGCCGACACCAUGGACGGCUGCUACAUCCCAAACAACCCCGCCUACACGGACUGCUGGCGGCCGCUGUCCCCUACGUGUGGGCAGGCGCCGAUACUUACGCCCCUCAAACCCUUGGCGGCACAGAGUCCUCCUUUGCACCCUCCCCCGGCGUACCCUCCUCCCCGAUCGCCGCUGCCGCCCACCACCACCGCCACUACGGAUGAGUUACUCCCCGCCAGGAUGCCACCGGACCCGAACUCAGAGGUUUUGUACCCGGACAGCCUACAGACGCAUUCCAGUCUGGUCCCGACUUCCUUUCCGCCGCUCUUCGACCUGGAGCCACUGCCAAACUUCGUCACCUUGUCCCCACAUGCGCCCUACAACAGGGAGGCGAGCGGCAUGCUGGGCAAGGAGAAGGGUGACCACAUGGCUGACGUCCUGCUGUCCCUCAAGCACGCCGUGGUUCACCCGCACCAGGUGGGUGACUCCCCGCCCCCCGUCCCCCUCACGCCUCCCAUGCCCUCCACCCACACCCCCCUGCCCCUCACUCACACUCCCUUCCCCCCGACACACACGCCACUCCCGCCAUUCCACCCCCCUCCCCCAUACUCCCCAUCCUCCUUCCCCUACCCACACACCCCGACAUACCUCCCCCUCGCCCCCCUCUCCGCCCCCUCCCCUCCCCCAGACACUGCCAUCACUGAGCCAAUCCUCCCCCUGCCGACCAUCUCACCCCCCAGCACCCAUAUCCACCCCUCCACGCCCCUCGAGGAACCAGUCUCUUUACCAGACGCCAUGGGUGGGGCCUCCUCCCCUCCCCACACCUCAGAGCCUUCCUCUCUCGGGGGCGCCACCUUGUCUUUCGGGGGGAGCCUCGGGGGCGGCCUCGGCUCCCUCACGAGCAGCUUGGGUUCCCUGGGUGGCCCUCUGCCCUCUAUGGGAGCCCCGGGUAAUUCUAGUCCCAUCAACAACUUGAGCGGGUCGCUGGGAGGGCCGCUCCUUCCUCCACCGCCCCCGAUGUCGCCCUACGCGUACCAGCAGCCCCAGACCUUACCGAGUAUGAUGGGCGGCAUGGGCGGCGGCGGGUGUUACUCCAGCGCGGGCUACCAGGAGACACCCACCGCCUACUCGUCCCCCGCACCCCCGCCCCAUGUGUUCCCUGCCAUGAGUGUAAACGUAUCUAUGAACAUGACAAUGGGGGUGUCCAACGUAAACAUGGGCUACUCUCCUGACCAGUCGCUGCAGCACCAGUGGUCCACCAGCUGCGCGGGGCCCCAGGGGGUCGUCACUGUCCCCUGUUGGCGGCGUCAGCUACCCCCCAGCACUCCGCUCCCCCCAGGCCUGGUCAGUCCCCUCCCCAUGUCUUACAGCGGGGCGUGCAACCAGAGCUACAGUGUCGGCACGUACGCCUGGAGUGGUGACCUGCGGACGGACCACCCCAGCAUGCCAGGUUUGGAGAGAGAUCUGUACUUGCGCUCUCCGCCCCUCCGGCCUCGCCCCGCCUCCCCGUGUGUGCCGCCCUACCACCACACUCCACCCACCUCCCAGUGUGAGUCCCCAGAGGGUGCUGCUGCCCAGGGAACAGCGACGAGGCACCGGGAAGCUGAGAAUGGCGGUCAGUUAUCACCCACGCUCAAUGCUCUGCGGCGCCGGCCUAGCGUGGGGGGAAUGAUGAGUAUGUCUGGCCUCUCCUGCAACACUCUUGACAUCUCUAAGCCUCUGCUGAGUGACGGUCUUAAGCCAAACCUGUGUAGAAUCUGUGGUAAGACGUACGCCCGGCCCUCCACUCUCAAAACUCACCUGCGAACACACAGCGGCGAGAAACCGUACAGAUGUAACGACUGCAACAAAUCCUUCAGUCAGGCCGCCAACUUGACCGCCCACGUCCGAACCCACAGCGGUGAGAAACCAUUCCGCUGUCCCAUCUGUGACCGGAAAUUCUCUCAGUCCUCUUCGGUCACAACGCACAUGAGAACCCACUCCGGAGAACGCCCCUACCGCUGCCGGAUGUGCAAGAAGGCAUUCAGUGACUCCUCCACCCUCACCAAGCACCUCAGGAUUCACUCCGGGGAGAAACCGUACCAGUGUAAACUCUGCCUCCUUCGCUUCUCACAGUCCGGGAAUCUCAAUCGUCACAUGAGGGUUCACUCUCAGACGUCUUGAGGCUGCCACGGUUCCCAGUCUUCAGUACCGCCGCCGCCGCCGCCUCCUCCUCCUCCUCUCGCGUCCUCUUCAAAGCCUCCUUCUUCUGCUGCUCCCGCUGGUCUCAGUUCGGUGAUUCUGUUUUAGUUUAUACUGACAUUGUUAUUGACGUUACUGACACUGCUGACAUAUCCACUGCUACUGCUACUGCUACUACUACUACUACUACUACUACUACUACUACUACUACUACUGCUACUACUACUACUACUACUACUACUUUAAUACUUUCAUCGUCAUUUUUGCAGUUUCUUUUUAUAAGUAAUUCGUUUGUGUACAUUUUUUUUUGGUUAUCAUUAUUAUUAUUAUUAUUAUUAUUAUUAUUAUUAUUAUUAUUAUUAUUAUUAUUAUUAUUAUUAUUAUUAUUAUCAUCAACAAUAUUCCCUUAUCAUUCUCAUCGUCACCAUCAUCUUUGUCUCGCUACCUCUUAUUAUUAUUAUUAUCAUUUCCUCUCAAUAUAGUGUAUAUAUAUAUUUUUUUUCUAUCAGGCUUAUUCCAUCCUUUUAUAUUUAGAUCACAUGCUCAGGUUUCUACUACGCUUUUACUAUUUAUUAUGUCUACUUAGUUAGAUUUACGUUACUAUAGCAUCUUAUCUGAGCUUACUCGUGUUUUAGCUGUAUAUAUAUUUUUUUUCUAUUCUGUGUAAUGUAUUUUCAGUGUCGAGCAUUUAUCGUAUCUGUAGAUAUUCUUAACUGCAAUAUUUUUCUUAUUUUUCAGUUUUAUUUGGGUUUUUUGUUGCUUCAUAUUUUUUUUUUCGUUAUCAGAAUCGAGUGUUUGCGUCCAUGGAUAUCUAAAUGGUAUGGCUUUACUUUUAUUUUCCAGCUAAGUUCGUAUUGCGCUGCAUUUUUCACCGUGUUCAUUGCUCACUCCAUCGCUCAGUCACUCUGCUCAGUGGUGAAUGCUGUCAGGGCUGCAGUACAAUGAUUUAUUUGCUUUCUCUGGUAUAAAUAAUUUUUUCCUUUUACUCUGAAUCGCAUCUUUUGUUUUGCUUUGUUAUUGUAAUUCGCUUUAUGAUUCAAAAACUUCUACUUGACACACACACACACACACACACACACACACACACACACACACACACACACACACACACACACACACACACACACACACACACACACACACGCAUGAUGAAAAGCCAACUUCAUCUACACAAAGACAUACCAGACACCACGAUUAUUUUGUUUUUCUUUCAUCAAACAUUUUUUUUUUAUUUGUUUUACCUUUCCAUCAAUCACCUCUUUCCUGCAUUUAGAUUUCUAUCUUUCUCUCUGCAUUUUUUCUGAUCUAUUUGCCAUUUAUGCUUCCCAUUCUAUUCUUACUUUACAUUCGUCGCUUUUAAUCUCACUUUCUCUACAUUUAGUUUCGGAUUUUCGUGAUAGAUUUAACAUUUAUACUUUUUUUUAAUUUCUUUAUUCUUACAUCUUUUAUUCUUACAUCACCUGUUUUCAAUCUCACGUUUUAAUGACUUUUGUGUAUCAGUCUCCAUUUUUACCCCGCUUCGCAUCGUCCACUUCUAUCACUUACUGUAAACCUCAUCUGAGCAUUCACCUCACCACUUUACCCUCGCCAAGUCAACACACUACCCUUGCGAUGACCUGAAGACCUGCCUACACUACACUGGUUCUCUCUAUCUUGCUGAGUGCGUGUUUUGCAGUUAUCCUUCCAAGCACAGUCUUUUCUCUGUUGAGGUUUAUCAUAUCACGCUACACACACACACACACACACACACACACACACACACACACACACACACACACACACACACACACACA